AUGGGGACCUGUGGAUUGUCUGGCGCGCCGUUCAAAGUCACCUGCGUCAGGUACGGGUAUACCGUCGUGGGGAAAGGAACCACUUGUUUUCUGUGGCGGCAGCUAGAGCGGGAGGCCGAUGUUUACCGAAUGCUCUCUCCUGUGCAGGGAUCGGCGGUUCCCGUUUUCCUGGGGAAAAUCAACAUGCAGAAGAUAUAUCGCCUUCAUGGGGCCGGGAAAAUUUGGCAUAUGUUACUUAUGGGGUGGGGAGGCGAUACAAUCGACACGGUCAAGACAGAUAUCAGGACCGAGAACAGGAGCAUAGCGAGGGCGAAGAAAGAGAUUGAAUCUCUGGGGGUUUUGCAUCAGGACCUUGCGUCGCGAAAUGUUCUUUGGAAUGAAGAGCUAGACCGGGCCAUGAUCAUCGACUUUCAUCUUUGCGAGUUCGACCUGCACCGGGUCAAGAAGAAGCCGAAAUGGUUGGUGGAGAAGGAUAGUGGUCUUGCUUUAGCAGAAGCAGAGGACAAUGACGAGACCCUGCGGCACUGCCCAUACCACGGGACCUGUAUCCAUCGCCUGGUGAGGAGUUGCCCGAACGAAAUGUAUGGCAUCUAG